AUGGCACCCAAUCCAAAGCUCGCCGCAGCUCUCUCCGCCGCAGAAUCAGCCUCUGGCGAAAAGGGCCCCCUCUACGAAUCCAUCCUCGCCGACAUCCAGGCUCUCGCCUCGCCAACCACCGCCGCCGAUCUCGAUGCCGUCUUCGACUCCUUCUUCGGCCAGAGCCUCGGCCUCGUGGCCUCGCGGUCCUUUCUAACUGCCUUCAUCGCCGCGCUCAAGAGCAUCGAGAAGGAGAGCCUGUGGAUCGAGGUCGGCAACCGCACGCUGAGCAGGCUGGCGGCCCAGCCGUCGUCCUUCUUCGAUGCAGCCGCCACCAUCUACGAGCUCGUGGCCACGGCCCACGAGAACAACGAGGACUUCCUCGAUGCCGCAAAGGCCCUCGCCGAGAUUCCGCUGGAUAGCUCACAGCGGAAGGUGUCGGACGCGGAUAAGGCGCGCGUGUGGGUUCGCAUCGUCCGGAACUACCUCGAAGUGGGCGAUGACACCGCCGCCGACAUGUACAUCAACAAGCUCAAGAACAUCAUGCACACCGUCUCGGACCCGGAUCUCAACCUGCACUUCCGCCUCUCGCAGGCCCGCAUCCAGGACGCGAAGCGGGACUUCCUCUUUGCCGCCCAGCGGUAUCACGAGAUCAGCUUCUUCCCCGCCGUCGCCGAGGAGGAGCGCCUUCACACGCUGAGCAUGGCCGUCAAAUGCGCCAUCCUGGCCCCCGCCGGACCCAUGAGGAGCCGCAUCCUGGGCCGGCUGUACAAGGACGAGAGGUCAGCCCAACUCGAAGAGUUUGGAAUCCUGGAGAAGAUGUUCCUGGACCGCCUGCUGUCGCCCGCCGAGGUGGACAAGUUUGCCGAGGGCCUGCAGCCCCAUCAGCUGGCCACCACGGCCGACGGAUCGACCGUUCUCGCAAAGGCCGUCGUGGAGCACAACCUGCUCGGCGUGUCGAGGCUGUACAACAACAUCCAGUUUGGUGCCUUGGGCUCCCUGCUCGGCCUGGACGCCGACAAGGCUGAGGAGACGACCGCACGCAUGAUUGAGCAGGGCCGGCUGGUUGGCCGCAUGGACCAGCUCGAGGGCAUCGUCCGCUUCGAGGGCGGCGAGGCAUCUGGCGAGAAGGGCAGCGGCCGCGCCGAGAUUGUCGCAAACAAGGAGAUGCGCAGAUGGGACGCCAACGUCGAGAGUCUGGCCGAGGAGGUGGAAAACGUCAUCAACUCGCUGCAGAAGGAGUUUCCCUCCUUUGUUGCGGCGAAUCUUGUGGCCUAA